GCAAAUAAACAAAAUUCCAUGCACUAAUCCCAAUCAUACUUUCGUUUCGAAUAUGUCGCAAUUAAGUUCGCAUGAUAAGGCCGUGCUAAAUUGUUUGUUUAAUCCAAAUUUACCACUGGACCAGGCUUACAAUGAAGACUUAAACGAAAACAUAAAAGAUGAAGAACCAAAUACGCCCGAUGUCAUUAAAUCGAAAGAAUUGGAGGCACACGGAAUCAAAUUGGCAGAAGCCUCGAAGUUUGAGGAGGCUUUAACUACGUUAAGUGAGGCUAUUCGGACUUCUCCCCAAAGAGCAUCUAUUUACAAUAACAGAGCGCAAGUGCAUCAGUUCAUGAGAAAUUCCACCCGUGCCUUUGACGACUUAACUAUGGCGAUCGAUUUGGGGUCAAAGAAUUCACAAAAACGAACCCUCUGUCAAGCUUACUGCCAAAGAGGGCUUUUGUACCGCAAAGAUGAAAAAAUCGAACUCGCAAAAGAAGAUUUUGAGAAAGCCGCCAGCCUCGGUAGUUUGUUUGCCAAAAAUCAAUUGAUUGAAUUAAAUCCGUAUGCAGCGCUCUGUAAUCAAAUGCUCAGGAAAGCUUUCGAAAACUUAAAAUAGAAUGCGAAUAAAUUUAUUUUAAAUGAC